UCCCCCGUCGCCGCCGGGGCUGUGCUGGACGCCGCCAUCUUCUCCGCGCCGCCCGCCGGGCCCCCUGCCGCCGCCAUGCCGGAGGACAGUGACUGGGAGGUGUACAAGGUGCCGCCGACCCGCACCCCCGUCUCCGAGAGGACCACGUCGGUGCCCAACCCGGUUACCUUCUUCCAGACCGUCUUCAGCUAUGUCAUCGACGCGCCCGUCACCUUCGUCCGAGAGUGGAUCGAGCGCCAGCAAGCCAAGAACAAGUUCUACUAUUACCACCAGAAGUUUCGCCGCGUGCCUGACCUGAGCGAGUGUCUGGAGGGCGACUACCUCUGCUUCUUUGAGGCCGAAGCACAGUGGAGGAGGGACAGGCUGGUUGAUCAGGAAAUCGUGGAGAUAGUCCGGGAAAGGCUAGGCGCGUGCAAGCAGAGGGAAGGACCCAACCAGUUCCAGAACUGUGCCAAGGAGGUGGAGCAGCUGGCACAGGUCACCAAGGCCUACCAAGACAGAUAUGGUGAUCUUGGUGUCCAUGGAAACGCAAGGACCUGCCUGAUGAAGCAGAAGCACAGGAUGAUGGAGGAGAGGAAGGCACAAGCAAAUGCAUCACAGUAGAUCUAAAUGGUUAGCACCUCCUGCCACGGUGCUCAUGUUGAAUAGUGCAUGUUGCAUCUUUGAACUCCAAUACUGUUGACCUCUACAAUAAAUGUGCAGCCCAAGCAUCUGCCAUACAACCAGAA